AUGUCUUCGCGAAAGAAGGUCCUUUUGAAGGUCAUCAUCCUCGGCGACAGCGGUGUUGGCAAGACCAGUUUGAUGAACCAAUAUGUCAACAAGAAGUUUAGCGCUAGCUACAAGGCCACGAUCGGAGCCGAUUUCCUUACAAGAGAGGUCCUGGUUGACGACCGACAAGUGACGAUGCAGCUUUGGGAUACGGCAGGCCAGGAGCGCUUCCAGUCUUUGGGCGUUGCAUUCUACAGAGGUGCAGACUGCUGUGUGUUGGUCUUUGAUGUGAACAACUCCAAGAGUUUUGAUGCUCUCGACAGCUGGAGAGACGAGUUCCUGAUCCAGGCCUCGCCGCGGGAUCCCGAAAACUUCCCUUUCGUUGUUCUUGGAAACAAGAUCGAUGUUGAGGAGAGCAAGAGAGUCAUCUCGAGUAAGAGAGCAGCAACAUUCUGCCACUCCAAGGGCGACAUUCCAUACUUUGAGACCAGUGCAAAGGAAGCUAUCAACGUCGAGCAGGCCUUUGAAGGCAACGCGCUAGUUAUCGCAAGAAAUGCUCUCGCCCAAGAAGAGUCCGAGGAGUUUAGCGGUGACUUCCAGGACCCCAUCAACAUCCACAUUGAGAAUGACCGAGAUGGAUGCUCUUGCUAA